AUGUUCUCCAGAACGGUCUUCUCGGCUUUCCGCCCAAUCUCGCGACCGGCAACGCUGCGCCCUAUCCGUUUCCCAGCAUUUCCUCUGCCGUCCACCCUCAACACUCGUUUCCUGUCCUCGGAGACCAAGGCAGCUAUUGACAAGGCUAUUUCUUCGGCUCCCGUUGUUCUAUUCAUGAAGGGUACUCCCGAAACUCCUCAGUGUGGUUUCUCGCGUGCGAGCAUCCAAAUUCUGGGUCUGCAGGGCGUAGACCCUAAGAAGUUCGUGGCAUUCAAUGUUUUGGAGGAUCCAGAGUUGCGUCAAGGCGUCAAAGAAUUCUCAGACUGGCCGACCAUUCCUCAACUAUACUUGGACAAGGAGUUUGUUGGAGGUUGUGACAUCUUGAUGUCCAUGCACCAGAAUGGGGAGCUUGCCAAAUUGUUGGAGACCAAGGAUGUUCUUGUGGCAGCGGAUCAAUAA